AGCCAGCAGACAUUACAUUCACGCCAAAUGCACCAAAGGGACAAGAGGGCCUGCUUUUGCCAAACUCCCAAUUGCCUUCUUGACUCAUUAUCAAUAUUUUCUAAAUAUACCAUUGCUGUUCUACUUUUCAUUCCUGCCCCCCUCCCUUCACUUAUGUGAACCUUGUCCAGUCAGUCCACCUGGGAUUGGAAUUUCACAGCAUAUUUUUCAUUUCAGUCUUUUUUUUCUUUUCUUUUUCCCCCAUUUUUUAAACCCUCCACCAACACAUUCCUUGCAUUUUGGACUUUGUGUGAGCAGCUUCGAGUCCUCCCGUUUUUUGUUUUUGUUUGUUUUUUAUUUUGUCUGGCGCUACUGCUGAGCGAGUAGCUGUGGGAUGGCUACUUUACCCGGAACAGUGCCUCGAAUGAUGCGCCCCACACCGGGUCAGAACUACCCACGGACUGGCUUCCCCCUGGAAGUGUCCACCCCACUGGGCCAGGGCCGGGUCAACCAAUUGGGCGGCGUGUUCAUCAACGGGAGGCCCCUGCCAAACCACAUCCGGCACAAGAUCGUGGAGAUGGCCCACCACGGCAUACGGCCGUGCGUCAUCUCGCGACAACUGCGCGUCUCGCACGGCUGCGUGUCCAAGAUCCUGUGCCGCUACCAGGAGACCGGCUCCAUCCGCCCGGGGGCUAUCGGAGGCAGCAAGCCCAGGCAGGUGGCCACUCCCGACGUGGAGAAGAGGAUCGAGGAGUACAAGCGAGAGAACCCGGGCAUGUUCAGCUGGGAGAUCCGGGAUAAGCUGCUGAAGGACGGGGUGUGCGACAGAAGCACAGUUCCUUCAGGUGAGGCUUCAUCUGUGAGCUCCAUCAGCCGCGUUUUGAGGGCCCGAUUUGGCAAAAAAGAUGACGAGGAUGACUGUGAUAAGAAGGAUGAAGACGGAGAAAAGAAAACAAAGCAUAGCAUCGAUGGCAUCCUCGGUGAUAAAUGUAGCCGCACAGACGAUGGCUCCGACGUGGAUUCCGAGCCCGACUUGCCGCUGAAGCGCAAACAGAGGCGCAGUCGCACCACCUUCACCGCCGAGCAGUUGGAGGAACUGGAGAAAGCCUUCGAGAGGACGCAUUACCCUGACAUCUACACUCGGGAGGAACUGGCUCAGAGGACCAAACUGACAGAGGCCAGGGUGCAGGUGUGGUUCAGCAACAGACGGGCAAGAUGGCGUAAGCAGGCCGGGGCCAAUCAGCUCGCCGCCUUUAACCACCUUCUUCCCGGUGGAUUCCCACCCACCGGCAUGCCCACUUUACCUACGUACCAACUCCCGGAGGCGAGUUACCCCGGCACCACACUAUCGCAGGAGGGCAGUACCUUGCACAGACCUCAGCCCUUGCCCCCAUCCUCCAUGCACCAGGGGGGCCUGAGUGACAGCAGCUCAGCAUACGGCCUGUCAUCCAACCGCCACAGCUUCUCCAGCUACUCCGACUCCUUUAUGAGCCCUUCGGCUUCCAGCAACCACAUGAACGCAGUCGGCAACGGGCUGUCCCCGCAGGUGAUGAGCAUCCUGAGCAAUGGCAGUGCGGUGCCCUCGCAGCCUCAGCACGACUUCUCCAUCUCGCCCCUGCACGGCAGCCUGGACGCCUCCAACCCCAUCUCGGCCAGCUGCAGCCAGCGUUCGGACACCAUCAAGGGCGUGGACAGCCUGGCCUCCUCGCAGUCCUACUGUCCCCCAACCUACAGCGCCACCAGCUACAGUGUGGACCCUGUCGCUGCCGCUGCCGGCUACCAGUACAGCCAGUACGGCCAAACUGCCGUGGACUACCUGGCUAAGAACGUGAGUUUGUCCACCCAGAGGAGGAUGAAGCUGGGCGACCACUCGGCCGUGCUGGGACUGCUGCAGGUGGAGACGGGUCAGGCCUACUGAAGCCCUGAGGACGGCCAGCAGCUGGACCAACACUUUAGAGCCAAUACUUUUGACUUUGAUGUUGAUAGUAGUUCACAUUCAUCAUUUCAACUACUUUCUCUGCUUUUUUUAUAUUGUUAAUAUUAUUGUUGAUGUAUGAUUGUUGUGCAAAUGUUGGUCUUUGAUUCCAUGAAGAGGAGUGUUUUUUUCCCCCUUAGCAACUCUUUUCCCUGAGCUCCAUUUUUUUUUUUAGGGGGGGGGGGGGGGGUUGACCUUCCCGCUUUCAUAUCCAUCUUGACAUUCCAAAAGCACUUGGCCACUCUGUGGGAAGUCUGGCUGGAGGGAAUCUGCAGGGAAUUUUAAGCAGUGUUUUGGCGGCCAAUAGAACCACCAGCCCCACCCCUUUUAAGCGACGUCCCCCACUAACCUCCAGCCCAUCCUUAGCCGCGGUCCAUGGGGAAGGGCGGCUUUGUUUGCGGAAAACGGAUUUGGGACAUUACUAUAUUUUGUUUAAAAAUAUGGAAGCCGGGCUACAUUACGCUAAAUCCUGUCUGCCAGUGUGCAAAGCUGAUUAUAUCACAUAAAUAUAAAAUCAUGCACCUUCACACAAGCAUUCCUUCCGAAACAUAUUAAAAAAAAAAUCCUAGAAAGCAUUCCAACACUUUUUCCAAAAAAGGACUUGAGAUUUUUCUCAUGACAUCAUUUUACGGCAAUGAAGUUGACGAUUUACUAAAAAUGAAGUAAAAUUAGGAUGCAUUUUUACAAAAAUUAAACUGUAACAUGGGUGAAGAAAGUUUGACUUUUACAAGAUAAAGAAUAAAAGAGUUUAUGAAAAAUUUGUGAUUUAAUUUUCAUUAAAAAAUUCAAAACGUUUUAUGAAAAUAAAAUUGCAACAUUAUGGGGCAACAUGUAAUAUUACAAGAAAACUGACAAAAAAGGUACACGUUUAUGACAAAAAUAAUAAUUUUAUGAGCUCUUAGUAUGAUCUAUCGAAAAUCUCAAAUUCUUUUAGCCUUCAUCUGACAUAAUCCAGGACCACCUGUUUCCACUCAUGUGUCAUUUAUUUCUUUUUUUUGGGGGGGGGGGGUCAAACUUUUCAAAUGUGUACAGGCUUCUUGUUUCUAAAGACUAUGUUUUAUACUAAAACAAAACUUUACCUUUCACUUUGACCGUCUGUUGUCUUUCAGUUGAUUUUGUUGGACUUUGUAUUUAAUUGCGUUUGAAUCCCGCUUUGGGAAGUAGAAUGUGUAAACACUUUGGAAUGAAUUCCCCUGGAUGUGGUCCAAAUGAAAGGACAAAAACUGCUCCGAAUGGACCCCCAUGGGAGCACUCGGCAGAACUUUUGACCUGCUGGCAAGGCAGGACUGGACCAGUUUCAUGUUUACGCGGUCAAUGAGGGGGGGAAAAAAAAAAAAAAAAAACCUGAGUGGCGCUGGAUUUGUACGCACUGAAUCACCUGCUUCUCCUGUGAACUUGUGAACACUUAAAAAAAAAAAAAAAAAAAGACAAGAAAAAAAAAAAAGAAUUAGAGUCGUCUUUAGUGUAUCAAACUCAUUUCUAACGCUCAAUAAACAUUUGGAUAUUUAAAGCAUCUUAUUCCUCCCUGAUCCCCCGAUGAGCUGAAUUAACCUGUUUAGUUGCUUUCUGAGUUCCUGCUUUUUGUUCGGCAUGUAUGUGUGUGUAUAUUAUCAUGAUAUAAUUUAUUCUGCUCUAUGAAUAUUAGACUAGUGGGAAAACUUGUAUUGGUAUUUACUACCUUCAGCCUGUGGGUGUGUUUACUGUAACACUGGCGUAACUGUUAUCAAAUAAAGAUCCCAAUUCAAAUCAAA